UUCAAAUCUCAGUUUCGUUGAGUGCGUCCAAGUGACUUUGUUAAUUUGCUCGCUGGUGGCUCGAGGGAUUAAAUAAUGCGACAGUGGAAACGGGGAAUUGGGAUGGAACGAACACGUGAUCUUUGUUUGGACGAGACGUCCCGGAAUUGAUAGCAAGAUUCGAGUGUCAAAAUGCAUCAUCAACAAUGAGUUGGUCCGAACCUCUCCCCCAGGAGCCGGAGCCCGUCGACGCCGACUUGUGGCCCAGUUCCGAGAAUGUCCUCAACGAAACAGAGGACAUCAAGAUCCGACUCAACAUCACCUUACAACACUGCACCAGCCUCUAUACCAACAGGACCACAGCCCUCGCAGAAACCCACCCAGAUGGGUUUUGCCCCGUCACCACCGAUGGGCUGCUGUGCUGGCCGCCCACGCCCAUCAACGAGACGACCUAUGUCAAGUGCUUCGCCGAAUUGAUGAACAUCAGAUACGACGACACACAGAAUGCCACAAGAGUUUGCCUCGCUAAUGGGACAUGGACGAAAGCCGAUUAUUCCAAAUGCACCGAAAUCAUUCUUAUCCCCGACGUCGAAACCCAAGCCACGAUUUAUUUCGUCGGAUACGUUUUAAGUUUAAUUACACUGUCGAUAGCUUUGGGAAUUUUCACAUAUUUCAAAGAGCUGCGCUGCUUGAGAAACCGAAUUCACAUGAAUCUCAUGUGGUCUUACAUGUUAAUGUACAUAAUGUGGAUUCUGACCCUGACGGUUCUGGGCUCCAAAGGGGGCACUGGAGCCUCCAUAGCUUGCAUAUUCGUCAUCACACUGCUACAUUACUUCCACAUUUCCACGUUUUUUUGGAUGUUUGUUGAGGGCCUGUAUCUUUAUAUUCUCGUCGUUGAAACACUGACCAGGGAGAAUUAUAAAUUGAGGGUUUAUGUGUGCAUCGGGUGGGGCUUGCCAAUGAUUUUCAUCCUCGUUUGGGUGAUUGUCAAGAGCUUUAUCCCGGCAGCGGGCGACCCAGCCACAUGCACUUGGUUCAACAGUCAUGACGUGGACUGGAUUUUCCAAGGGCCUACAAUGCUGGUUCUCCUGCUGAAUUUGGCCUUCCUGCUGGCCAUAAUGUGGGUCCUCAUAACAAAACUGCGAUCUGCCAAUACGGUGGAAACCCAACAGUAUCAUAAAGCGGCCAAAGCCCUCCUCGUACUUAUGCCCUUGCUGGGCAUCACCUACGUUAUCACAAUCUACGCCCCAACCCCUGAUAAGAAAUCGGAAAUCAUUUUCGAGUGCGUCCGCGCUGUCCUUCUCUCGACACAGGGCUUCACUGUCGCUCUAUUCUACUGCUUCUUAAACACGGAGGUGCAGAACACCGUCCGCCACCACUUCGAAACGUGGAAAACACGACGAUCUCUGGGCCCAUCCAGACUACGUUCGGGGAGUCGCAGCAAGGACUGGUCCCCCAGGUCACGCACGGAGAGUAUACGAAACACGGAAUGGACGUUGGUAAUGCCGGACGAUGUCGAUGCCGAAGGAAAAGUCUCUCCUCCCGUCAACGGAAGCGUCCGUUAAGAUCGUCCAUCCCGAGGGCUUUGCACGGAAAACAAUUUCAUAAUAAUAAUAACGGGACGCUUCUUUUGGAGUUCCUUAUUGCCGCUGGUCUAACGUGUGCUUUGGAUGGGAGCCGGGAUUGUGUUCAAAUGUUUCAUAUUCUCUCAAAUUGAAUUGGAAAAACAUUGCGUAAACGUUGAUUUUUACAUGUUUUUGUGUUGUGUAUUGGCAAGGGAGACGACGUCGGCGAGUCUCACAGGAAAACAGUGGAAAAAAUAAUAAUUUCUUCGAUUCAUGACAAAAUAUGGAACAUGUUGAAUGCGUUUGUUUCAUUUAUUUUCUUCUUUCUCUUUAAAUUAACCAAAGGCCAAGCUAAACUAUGUAUUUAUAUUCCGGGGAGGAGGUCCAAAAGUCGGGGUUUGAUUUAUGGACCAUUUUAAACACUCAUACAAAGGCGAAAUUUAUUUUAACUGGUUAAAUAUUUAUUCGGAAUGAUUGCGUCUGUAAUAACACGUAAUGUUGGCACUUGGGCACGACGCAAAUAUUUAUUUUCAUCAAUAAAAAAUAGUGAAUUAUUUAGUUUACUUUUCCUAAACUCACCCUGUAUGAAAAAAUGUUUUGUUUUGUAAAUUAACCACACUCCUUAGAAACAAAUUUAAUACAAAAAUAAAGAACUAAUUAAUUUUGCGAUCUUUGAUGUUGCAAACACGCCGUUUAAUUUUUUGCCCGACGACGAAACUGAACAAUAUUUAUUUACCCAAAGUUUCGCCUACGACUUGGUGAAUAUUUAACUCGUCUCCGACAUGAGUAGAGAGAACUCGUGGAAUCAAUAAUUAAAUUGCAAGUUUCCUCGUCAUACUGUUUGAAAAAUCUGCUUUUCCCAUGCAACAUUAAUAUCUUUCUCCGGCCUUUGGCAGCCCCGGCCCACAUUCCUAUUAAUGUACCUGUAUUAUCAUCACUGUCACUGCAUUUAAUAAACUUUUAAUUUGUCAUAA